AAAACUUCGCACCAAAUCAGUGAAGUCAGGCUUUCCUGGAGCGCUGCGCUGCACCUGCCGCUUUACCUUGGAUUUACCUGUCGAUUAAACAAUGCGUUAAUGAUCCAUCAUAGUCGUAUCCACACUUGAACUGAUCAACCAGUCAUGAAGAAGGGACCGUUACAUUUUUUGGGUCGAAAGAGCCAAUCUCUUUUCGACACCAAUGUCAAAAUGAAAGACAUGGAAAAUGUGGAUUGGGUCCUGGAGUCCUCAGCAAUCCCCGAGUCGGGUACUGCCAGUGUGCGGGCCAGACCCACGGUCAAACACCAUUCUUCCUCAUAUGACAGUUUACAAGGGUUUGCUGUUCCGACACCCAAAGUCCCGCUCCUUCCCCCUGUCAAUGGUCCAAAGAUCAACGGCUCAGUCGGUGGAGGUCAGUUGUCCAAUGGAUCUGUUUGGUCUGUGCCUGACCUUUCGGAGGAUGAUAUAUUUGUUCCUCCUCGUCCAUCUAUGGCACCUCCACCUCCUCCAGGGACUUUAAUUCCUCCAUCAGGGACUUUUAUCCCUCCACCAGACUUCAUGGGUGACCUAAGCACUCUGCACCUUGCAACCCCUGAGCCUCCUUCCAUGCCAGCUCCAGAUCCCCCUUCACUGGUGCCAUCCAUGCAGGGGCAAGAUUUAACUUUUUUAAAACCACCACCUAUGGCUCCGCCAAAGCCCCCAUCUACUUGCUCUAGUGGCUCUGCAUCAUCCGUACCCAUUUCUAAUCCACCAUCUUCCCAAGUACCUGUCCAUCCAAGUUUUUCCCCACCACAGCCCCCCGCUGAAAGGCAACGCAAGGCUCAUAAGACACCUCCUCCAAAACCCAUCAGACUGUCUUCCAUCUCCAACAAUGAUUCUCCACCACAAACUCCUGCCCCACCUCCCCCCGUACAGACACCAACACUGUCCACGUUUAAUCCCCAACACACAGCCAAACUUUACAAUGUUCCGACUACUUCAAUUGUCAAAGGCUAUGAGGAACCUGACACAAGACCCAAGCAAAAGUUACUCCUGCAAGAUUCUUCACCUGUCAAAACUGAUUCAGUGCUUGCUGAGGUGAAUGGGAAAACCCCUAAAGUGGCAACACCCUCUAAACCAGUUGCUAAAGAUGCACAGGAACUGGAUCACCUACAACUUUCUCAGUCCUCUAGGUCACCCCUGCCUGAGCCAAACAAGGAAGCUAAACCAGCUAAGGUUUCUCCACCGCCAAUAGACAAACCUGCCCGGAAUUUUAAUCAGACUUCGCCAUCACUUCAAAAAGUGAGCAGCACGUCAAUGAAUCCAGAGUCCAGCAAGGACAAACUUGACGCAUCUCCAAGUCAAAGUCGCAAAUAUAGUCCAAUAAUAGACCGUAAACUACGCAACCUUAAAGGUAGUGAAACAAAUGGGGCAAAAGUGGGACCUGCAGCUUCCCCACUGGCUCUUUUAAUGGCAGCUAAAAAAAGAGAGAAACACAAAACAACUCUUUCUCUCUCCAGAGAAAAUAGUGCCAAGAAGGAUGAGCAGCCUAGUGCAGACAUUCAAACACGUGCCACAAGCCCAAAUUCUCUCAUCAUCACUCCAAGGAGCAGCUCAUCCUCUUCUCUAGCAUCUCAAGAAAGAUUUCAGGAAAGUCCAAAUCCAAACAGUCAUUUGGAUCAUACGCAAACAACUCGGACAUCAGAAGAAUCAAGCAGCUCAGUGCUGGCCAAGAAUAAGAUGUCAUCUAGCAGUCUAGGUAUCAGUCAAAAGCCAAGUUUGGCCAACCAUGUGGUGCAGAAACAAAACACAGAGCAAAGCCAUUCAAAGUCUAAUUCUCCCAAGCAUGAGGAUUAUAAAGAGGAGUUGAGUUUUCUCCCUCCGCCACCAGAGUUUGAUGAUUUAGAUGAUAAUGUGGGUCCACCUCCUUCCGUUCCUCCACCUGACCCUCCCAGGAAAAUGGCACCAACUUUAAAAUCUCUUCCUGUAGCUCAAGCUCCAGCUCCUCCUCCUCCCCCUAAACCCCCACAAGCUCCAAAACUCCCACCUCCUGACAAUGAUUUCAAACCAAGGCUUCCAGUCCAGACUAAACCAAAGGUGGCCCCUAACCAUAUCCCCUCCAAUCUUUCCCCCAGUCAGGUAACACUCCUGAGUAUCUUACAAAAGAAGAUGGCAGAAAUGGACCACAAAAUGGCCCCCCUGAACGAGACAGAGUCCAGUUCUGAUGACUGGGGCAGCCCCUUGUCUGAUGAGGAUAAUAAGGUCCCUGUUGUACUCAAAUCCCCACCACAGAGCAAGAAUAACUCUGUGGUGAAGACAACAGCAGCCCUGGACAUGCGCGAGCUGGAGGGUAAAGUGGCCAAAAAAUAUCAGGAUGCCGCCUCAGUGAAAAGUCCAACCAGCAAUGGAGUGCAGUCAAAUCAUCAAUAUGGGAAGACCUUCACUGUCCGGCCUGGAACCAAAAAUCCUAUCUCUCUCUUUGGUCAAGGGCAAUCUUAGUGGAAAUCAAAUAAUAUGCAAAUAAGAUGGACGAUCAUCAGUGUAGUAAACAGUGCAUUUAAUUGGAUUAUGUAUUUUUGCAAAAUAAUUAAUUUGAACAAUUGGACAGAAGCACUUUGAACAUACGAGUUACACCAAUGUUGUUGGGUAAACGUUACAAAUGAUGUAGUCUAGACCAGAUUUAUUUCUCAACUUCAGGAGAUCUAACUCACCACUGUCAGUCAACGGUAAUUUGUUUCUUCAUAUUUUAUUUUUUGAAUGGACCAUAUUUAAAUUACAUUAUUUGCUGCUACUGUUUAUUCAGUGUAUAGGUACAGUAGAUGUUGCACGUUCCUUUUAAACCAAAACUAUAAAUCAGUCUGAAUGUCACCUGGUUCAUAUUUAGAUUAAUAAUGAAUAAUCUAUUGGUUCAAAAACUUGUUUGCUUAAAUCAAUCUCAACUGUUUACUGCAUGUUGUAUCUAUCCAAAGUGAUUAUUUUUAGAAUGUCAAGUCAGUCAACAGAUUAGUCUCCAAUAAUAAUAUAUGAAAGUUCUGAUGUACAAUGUAAUUAUUGUGGUUUGUGGGGUAAUGACAUGUCCUGUAUGUAAACUGUUACAUGUGCAUUAUAUGUGGAUCCACUUGAAAAACAAGCAAACCUGUCAUUCAAACCAGAGUGAUGAUAUGUCUAGAACUCAGUGGGAUUGUUUCUUGUAUUUAUUGGUCAAAUGUUUUGCCCUUUGUAUAAACGUUAUUCAGACAGUAAAAAUCUAAGUCAUUGUAGCUACACUUGCUUUUCUGUACAUAUUAGUUUGUCAAAGAGUUUUAAAAGAAACUUAGAUUUUGCUAAAUUGUUUUAUAUACAUGUAAGCUUUGUAAAAUCAGGAUAUUUAAAAUAUUGGCAACAAUGUCAUUAAGCAAGCAAUUUAUGGAAGCCAAAUGUUGCCAAACAACUCUCUAAAUGGAAAAUAAAACCAAGCAUUCAUUGCAUGUUUUAGUAA